GGGCUGCCCCCCCCAAGGGAAAACCGGGACAGGCGGCAGUUCGGGCCCCCCAGCCUGGGGGCUUGCUCCUGUGCCUGCCCCGUGCCUGGGCAAGCCUGGCGAGAGAGCAGGGAGCCGGACGCGACCUCUUGCAGCCCCGGGACAAACCCCUCGCCUGCUCGUGGUGGGUGGCUCCGGAACUGUAGCUCAGUGGGGCAGGGGCGAUUCACGUGCAGGGGAGGGAGGCUUUCAGUGAAUUGAGACUCCUCCUUUGGCAAAGUUGGAUGAAAGACCUGAUCUAUCGGCAGCUCGCAAGGUGCUGAUGGGAAUUAGACCACUAGUGACUUCACUCUAAGUAGAUGCUGAGCAGGAGAGGGACAGAUGGUUCCUCUCUGCUCCUGAACAGUGAUCUUCCCUUGUUCUGGUGUGAUGGAGCUCAGCCCUGAGCAGCCUUAUGGCAUUAGGAGGAUGCAAGAAACCAUAAUGCAGUGAUUGUGGCAGUCUCCUUGCUGAGGGAUUUACAGGAUGUUACAGAUUCAACACUAUGAUUUCACUGAAGGUUUAACCCAUAAACUGUCUAAUUCCCAGUGGGUGAUCCCUGGAAACUGUCUGCUUUUAGUAAUUCAGGUGGCUGGCCCUUUCUGCUCUCCAACGGGGUGAGGUCUCCAUCAACAGGAAGGUGACACAGCCCAUUGGCCCUUAUGCCGGACCACACAGAUGUCAGCCUCCUUCCGGAGGAGCGCGUCAGGAGACUGACCCAGUUGGGGAGCUCUGUGGAGGUGAAUGAGGAUGUCCCGCCACGACGGUACUACCGCUCUGGGGUCGAAAUCAUCCGCAUGGCGACAAUUUAUUCCGAAGAAGGCAACAUUGAGCGCGCCUUCAUACUGUACAACAAGUAUAUCACGCUGUUUCUAGAGAAGCUGCCGAAGCACCGUGAUUACAAAACCGCCGUCCUCCCUGAGAAGAAAGACACGGUGAAGAAACUCAAGGAAGUGGCGUUCCCCCGCGCGGAGGAGCUGAAGAAGGAGCUGCUGCAGAGGUACAGCCGGGAGUAUGCGGAGUACAGUGAGCGAAAGAAGAAGGAGCAGGAGGAGUUUUCCCGUAACCUGGCUCUGCAGCAGCAGCUAGAGGAGGAGAGGCAAAGAGUCGCCCAGAUGAAGCAGCAGCAGGCGGAGCAGGAGCAAUUUCAUGCCUUCGAGGAGCUGAUCCGACGCAAGGAGCUGGAGAAGGAACGGCUGAGAAUCCUGCAGGAGUUCGGGAAGCCUGACCUAACUCCUGAGUCUCUGGGGGGGCCUCUGAUCCCAGGGGUGGAAAAGCCCCCAACUGACUUAACCCCAAAGAUUCUGCCUGCCGGGCCAGUCGCAGAGGCGGCGCUGCCGAAGCUGCCGGUGGUGGACAGAUCUCUGAAACCCGGAGCUUUGGGGAGCCCAGAAACCACUGGCCUUCCUGUCCCCGCAGACAUGACCAUCGAGGGCCUUCGCCAUGUCGUCAUCCCCAAGGAGCUGUGCUCUAAAUUCCUCCAGGUAGCCGAUGCCAACACAGCCAGGGGCGUGGAGACGUGUGGCAUCCUCUGCGGGAAGCUGCUGCGGAACGCGUUCACGAUCACGCACGUCAUCGUCCCCAAGCAACACGGAGGCCCCGAUUACUGCAACACGGAGAACGAGGAGGAACUGUUCCUGAUUCAGGACCAGGCCGACCUCAUCACGCUGGGCUGGAUCCACACUCACCCAACACAAACAGCUUUCCUUUCCAGCGUGGACCUGCACACGCACUGCUCCUACCAGAUGAUGCUAGCCGAGUCCAUAGCCAUCGUGUGCUCGCCAAAAUACCAGGAGACGGGAUUCUUCAAGCUGACGGACCAUGGCCUGGAGACGAUCUCUUCCUGCCGGCAGAAGGGCUUUCAUCCGCACAGCAAAGAUCCACCCCUCUUCACCAGCUGCACUCAUGUGUCGAUAGCUGAGAGAGACGUGGCGCUGAUGGAUCUUCGAUAAUCCCACUGCCUUAACCCACCUCUUUGCCAGGGAAGAUCGAACUUGUAGGCCGAGGGAAGCUUUUCCUCCGUAGCAAACGAUUUCCACCGGCCAAAGUGAUUUUCAGUAGUGGCGGUGAGGGUGGUCAUCUCCUCUCGGACGCACGAGGUCUCUGCCACCCCUCUGGUGUCGGGGGAUGGUGAGAUUCAGGGGGAGGGAGGAUUAAUUUGGAUUGAAAGGAAAAGAAAAGAAAAAGCCAACACUACAAGGAUUAUCUGCUCCAAUAAUCAGUCCCUCUGCGACCCUUCCAGUGAGGUUCAUGACGACAGCUGUGGCCCUGAGGCUUGGCCAGGGGAUGGGGGUGACUGGAGAGCCCUGGAAAGGAAGCUCGUGCCAAACUCGGAUCCCCAAAAACUUCCCCCCUUCUCUGUGCCCUCCACAGCUGAUAAGUGCCCCAUGGAUUGCAGUGGGCUGUAGAUCAGCACGUUUGUUAAGCCGCAGGGGGCCUCAGGCUCGCACUGAGCUCCCUUUACAGUUGCGUCCUCACCGCACUGGGCCUCCCGUGUGCCGAGAGCAUCAUGAAAUGGGACCUCAGGAUGGGUCCCUCAAAAUGGGACCUCCCCUGUGGUGCAGCCACUCCAGGUUAGCACGGGAGUGAGGAGCAGCCCCACAGCAGGCCGUGCGCUCGAGAGGAAACUGGUUUCAGUUGCGCAGUUGCCAUAAACAGUGGGUUAAAUCUUCCAAGGGACAAAAUGUAAUGGGUGUGGGGAGAAAUGCGACCCUUUGUUUUCCUACGGUUCCGAAUGGGCACUAAGGCUGGGCUUUGUUCUGCUUCGGUAAUCGCUCAAUGUGGACGUAAGAGGGUCAUUUCUUAUGGAGGACUCGAGCAGUAGGAAAGUCCCCUAGCUCAGCUGUGCUGCCCAGGUGAGGCCGCUUCUGGUGGGUUGACACCCAGCUGGAGAGAUGGAACGGCCCUGUCCUGCUUCUAGCCUGGGAGUCCCUCGGUAGAUUAAUUCCUGCGGUAGGAGUACCGGAACUGGUACUGAGCGUAACCAAUCUAGAGAGACUCCACGUGGGGCUUCUUAGCUGGGGGACGGCUGCAUCCCCUUUCUAGGUCCGUUUCCCAGUCUGUAGACCGGGAAUGAUGAAAUGGACCGUAUCUCUGUCAACCGCUUUGAGAACUAGCGACGAAAAGCGUCCUGCAAGGAUUGUGCUUCAGGAGCGGCAGGCCUGUUCCCAGGCAUGUGGGGCAGGGUACCCCGGAGACCGCACUGGGCAAGAAAACACUUAGAACCUUGCCAGGCCCGGGUCCUCAUUCCGUCCUUCAAACACCCCUGGAGAUGGGCCAAGUUGGGAUCCAAAUGCCUCCCUGUUAGGAUUCAAGUGAUGCCUCAAAGAAUCUUCUCUCCAUCUCCAUAACUUCUCAUUGCUGCUGCCUGACUUCUCCCUAGAAAGUCAUAGCAAGUUUAACUCGGGUCAAAGUUCACAUCCCCAUGAAGUCCGGAGAUGACCUGUUGUGUAGCAUCCCUGAAUGCCAGCCACAAGUGUGACACUUUGUUCCUGUCAGAUGCCAAACUGUGACUCUUCUUUCCCCCGUUGGUUCUGUCCCAGUGUCUGUUAGUCUCGAGAGAAGAAAUGGAGAUAACCAAGUAUUAGGCCCUGUUCCCGCUUUCUAAUACUCUUCGUGCAGUCUAACUCUCUGAUGUGUUAGAUUAGCAAUCAGCAUUAAGUGCUAACAAGCUGGAUUUUCUGCCUUGGAGUGAAAGACUUUAGGCUUUCAUUCUGGAGUAGUUGACGGUAGUAUGCGAGACAUUAACCUCUUAUGUUUGGGAUCUCGUUCCUUUAUCGACGCGUUUGGCUUUUCAUCUGGAAUCUAAUAUGUGCCCUUACUGACAUGUUUUGCUGUAUGAUAAUUGGCAAAAAAAAUUCUUUGGUGUACAGUUUAAUACAGAUUGGAAAUAUUAUUGUG